GAUCAUUCCCAGCUUUUGCAUUGCUAGCUUUUCUUCAGGCCAAUUUAUUUCCUUACGAUAAUGAAGAAGUAUCCAGUGGUGAGCCGGGACUAUGAGGCGGCGGUGGAGAAAUGCAAGAAGAAACUCAGGGGUUUAAUCGCAGAGAAGAACUGCGCUCCGAUCAUGCUGCGUUUGGCAUGGCACUCAGCUGGAACAUAUGAUGUGAAAACAAAAACAGGAGGGCCAUUUGGGACAAUCAGGAACCAUCAAGAGCUUGCUCAUGGAGCUAACAACGGCCUCGACAUUGCUGUUAGGCUGUUGGAACCAAUCAAGCAACAAUUCCCCACUCUCAGCUAUGCAGACUUUUACCAGCUAGCCGGUGUUGUUGCUGUUGAAGUAACCGGAGGGCCAGAGAUUCCUUUUCAUCCUGGAAGACCGGAUAAAAAUGAAUCACCACCAGAGGGUCGCUUGCCUGAUGCCACGAAAGGCACAGACCAUUUGAGGGAAGUUUUCGGGCACAUGGGACUGAAUGAUAAAGACAUUGUGGCUCUAUCGGGUGGACACACCCUGGGUAGGUGCCACAAGGAGAGGUCAGGUUUUGAGGGAGCAUGGACAUCUAAUCCCCUUAUGUUCGACAACUCUUACUUCAAGGAGCUUUUGAGUGGGGAGAAAGAAGGCUUGAUCCAGCUUCCAUCAGACAAAGCUCUGCUCGAGGAUCCCAUCUUCCGCUCCUACGUAGAAAAAUAUGCUGCUGACGAGGACGCCUUCUUUCAAGACUAUGCUGAAGCUCAUAUGAAGCUCUCUGAGCUUGGAUUUGCGGAUGCUGAGUAAACUAUAUGAUGGGUGAUCUGUGCGAAUUAUCAAAUUAUGGUUACUUUAUUUUUGGGGCUAUCCUUUUUUUUAGUUCAGUGCAUGUGGUUUGCUUUGCUUGUGUGUAAUCGCAUCACAUCAAUAAAUAGUUUGGUCGUGUGUUCCAAUUCUUAAAGGAGUUAAAGUUCUAUACAGAAACGAAUAUAUGUAACAUGUUUUAAUGCGUGAGACCUUUUGGAUUUGGAAUUAGGUGAUGGCUGAAAAAUUAGUAGAUGGUA